AUGAAGCUGCUGACCUUGGCACUCGCAGCAUUGGCAGCCGUGGCUGCAGGAUCCAGCCUCGCAGUGGUCCGCGUGUUCUCGACGGAGGAGGAGGUGCAGCUGCUAAUGGACAGUGCUGGCAUGUGGGACACCACGACGCCCUGCGCUAGCAAGUCCAACACGAGCACUAUCGAUCUCAUCCUGGUCUACAGCAAGGAUCUGGCGGCCGACCCCGAAGCCAAGAAAGCGGUGGAUGCUUAUGGUGCGGCAUUCGACUCGAAACAAGGCUGGACAAAUUGCUUCUCCGGCAUCAAGAACAUGUCGGCCAUGCUGAACCCAGAGCAAGACGUGUACGACAACCGCGGCUACACCACGAACAAGCACUGGGUCUCUGGCCCCAAUGCGGUCUUCUCGAAGAUCAUGACGGCCAUGCUUGAGGGUGAGUUCAUGGACAUGUACGACACUUUCUUCCUCAUGGAGAUGGACGCGGUUCCCAUCAAGAGCGGCUGGCUCGACCAGUUCGAGACGGAGGCUCUCGAGAUGCCGGGCGGGAACAUGGCCGUCCGCGGGAGCCAGUACCUUGGCGACAAGUGGGACCUGUUCAAGUCGAUGAUGCCGACCUACUUGGUGGAUCACAUCAACGGCAACGCCAUGUACAAUCUGAAGCACCCGUGGACCAAGGCUGUGUACGACGCUUUCCACAGCAUGGGCGGUGGCACUAUGAUGGAAGAGAUGGCCUUCGAUGUGGCGUUUGCCAUGAUCACCAUGGAUGCCAUGUCCGGAAGCAGCAGCCAGUUUGCGGCUGCCUGGACGGCUGCGAAUGGCGACAGCCAGACCUACAACUGGGAUUCCAUGCUGGUGGGCAACUACGCCAACACGCUUCUGAACACCAGCUUCGAAUUCCCAACCUACAUCCGCCACGGCUCCAGCAAAAACCUCUUCGAAACUGUUGAGGAUGACGAAGUGACCCUGGGAGUGGCGAUGUUCGAUUACCAGGGGCACUUGAAGGCGACCGUGCCCACGCACCACCCCUUCAAGAAGAUCCUGGCCCUGACCUACUACCCGCAGCCGGAUAUGACCGAGACCAUUGAGGGCCCGAACGGCAACGUGACCAUGGAGACGGCGACGGCCACGCGUGAUGCCUACUACCACCUGUGCGAGACCGCCUCUCUUGUGAAAACGAAGUGGUUCGCCCUCACGGAUAACUACCACAUCAUCAAGGCACCUGUGAGCGUUCUCAUGGAGACGGAAGACAAGCCCGUGCUGCCCUACGUCCUGAGGAACUCCAAGUACUGUGGUGAGCGUCCCAACUGCGAGGCUUCCAUGGAGCAGGCAGAGACGCUGUUCAGCAUCACGCUGAACUACCACCACGACAAGUACGAGGUGCUGUACAAGACCGAGGAUGCCAAGAAGUUCUGUGAGGCCUGGGAUCUCGCAACAACGUCUCAAUCGUGGAGCGACUGCAGCCUGGCCUUUGGCCCUACUGGGGACGACUACAUCGCCUGGAAGAUCAGCGACCCAAAUUACAACAUCACCAACGAGUUCACUCCGAAGGACAAGACGCGCUACGGCUGGCGAGCGUGGACCAGCCUGUGGAACCCGGCCCCGGUCGACUCCCGCGAUUGUAGCACAACUCUCUACGGCCCGAAGGAGUACUUGGAGACCCUCGGCAACAUCUCCAAGUGCGCAGUUUCCUAUGUGGAAGAUGAAUCGGGCUGUGCUGGUGACGCCUCGUGCAUGUGGAAGCCCAUGUUCGAGUCGGGCGUUUGUAUUCAGGACCCGAGGAGUGUUACCACCUCAACGACGCUGGCUGGAAACGUUUACAGCAGCAUUGAAGUUUCCAUGGACAUGACGGUGGAGGAUCCGACCACGAUCACCGAGAACGCCACCGUGACCAAUGCCAUGAUUGCAGGGUUCGCAGAGGUUAUGGAGGUGGAUGAAGAGGAUGUGACGCUGGAGUUCCAGACGAAUCGACGCCUCAGUUCCCACUCCAGGAAGCUUCAGGUCACGCUGACGGCCAUUUUCACUGUGACUAUGCCCAGCCUGGAAGCAGCCAUCGAAAAGCAAGUGGCAAUUGAGACGGUGUCUUUGGCGAAAACGACCGAAGCCAUCAGCACCGCUGUCGCCAGCACGGGCUUCACGGGCACCGUGGAGGUCACCGGCAAGUCGACCGUUCGCGUCGCUGCCCCGACAACCACGACCACGACCACGACCACAACGACGACUGCAGACAACUCGACCGGUGACGAUGGCGACGACGGUGACGAUGGUGACGACGGUGACGAUGGCGACGACGGCGGUGAGCCGCCCAGCUCUGCAAUCGCCGGCUCCGCCUCCGCCGCGGUUCUCGGGCUUGCCGCGCUGCUCUUGGCCUAG